AUGGAGAAUAGUCUUGGAUGUGUUUGGGUACCAAAACUGGCUUUUGUACUCUUCGGCGCUUCCCUGCUCAGCUUGCAUCUUCAAGUCGCCGCUUCCCAGGUUAAAAGUUUUACAUCCCUGCGGUUCGUCUCUGAACCUUCAGAUGCCGUCACCAUGCGUGGAGGUAACGUACUCCUGAACUGUACAGCAGAAUCUGAUCUUGUGGUACCUGUCAUUAAGUGGAAGAAGGACGGUGCCCCUCUAAACCUAGCCGUGGAUGAGAGAAAGCUGCAACUGCCCAAUGGUUCGCUGUAUAUACAAAACAUAGUCCACUCCAGACACCAUAAACCAGAUGAAGGCCUCUACCAGUGUGAAGCUUCUCUAGGAGAUUAUGGAUCGAUCAUCAGCCGAACAGCUAAGGUGACAGUAGCAGGACCACUGAGGUUCCUUUCUCAGACAGAAUCUGUAACAGCCUUCAUGGGAGACACAGUGCUACUGAAGUGUGAAGUAGUUGGGGAACCCAUGCCAAGCAUCCACUGGCAGAAGAACCAGGAGGACCUGAUCCUAAAUCCUAGUGACACACGGAUAAUUGUCUUACCCUCUGGAGCUUUACAGAUUAGUAGACUUCAAACAAGCGACAGUGGGGUCUACAGAUGCCUUGCCAAAAAUCCUGCUAGUUUGAGAAGUGGAAACGAUGCAGAAGUCAGAAUUUUGUCAGAUCCAGGUUUGCACAGACAGCAGAUUUUCCUCCAGAGACCAACCAAUGUGGUUGCUAUUGAAGGAAAAGAUGCCAUUCUGGAGUGUUGCGUUUCUGGGUUUCCUCCACCAAGCUUUACUUGGCUGCGAGGCGAUGAAGUGAUCCACAUCAGGACCAAAAAGUAUUCUUUAUUAGGUGGCAGUAACUUGCUUAUCUCCAAUGUAACGGAUGAUGAUUCUGGAACAUACACGUGUAUUGUUACCUACAAAACUGAGAACAUUAGUGCCUCUGCAGACCUCACAGUAAUGGUUCCUCCAUGGUUUUUAAAUCACCCUUCAAACCUGUAUGCCUAUGAAAGCAUGGACAUUGAGUUUGAAUGUGCUGUAUCUGGCAAGCCUCUUCCUACUGUGAAUUGGAUGAAGAAUGGAGAUGUGGUCAUUCCUAGCGAUUAUUUUCAGAUAGUGGGAGGCAGCAAUUUACGGAUCUUGGGAGUUGUGAAAUCAGAUGAAGGUUUCUAUCAGUGCAUGGCGGAGAAUGAUGCUGGAAAUGCACAGACUAGUGCACAGUUAAUCAUCCCUGAACCUGCUAUCCCAAGUUCCAGUGUCCUCCCCUCCGCUCCCCGUGAUGUGGUCCCUGUCUUGGUUUCCAGUCGCUUUGUUCGUCUCAGCUGGCGUCCUCCUGCAGAAGUCAAAGGAAACGUUCAGGCCUACACUGUCGUGUUUUCCAGAGAAGGUGACAACAGAGAGCGAGCAAUGAACACUUCCCAGCCUGGAUUCCUUCAGCUUACAGUGGGGAAUCUGAAACCUGAGAUGAUGUACACAUUCCAAGUUGUGGCCUACAAUGAAAGGGGACCAGGAGAGAGAUCACAGCCUGUCAGGGUGGCCACCCAACCUGAGUUGCAAGUUCCAGGACCAGUAGAAAACCUGCAAGCUAUAUCUACCUCACCUACCUCAAUUCUAAUUUCAUGGGAAUCACCUGCCUAUGCAAAUGGUCCAGUGCAAGGUUACAGAUUGUUCUGCACUGAGAUUUCCACUGGAAAAGAACAGAAUAUAGAGGUUGAUGGACUAUCUUACAAGCUGGAAGGCCUGAAGAAAUUCACUGAGUAUUCCCUUCGAUUCCUAGCUUACAACCGCUACGGACCUGGCGUGUCCAGUGAUGAACUGACGGUCAUUACUCUCUCUGAUGUGCCAAGUGCCAUGCCACAGAAUGUCUCCUUGGAAGUGGUAAAUUCAAGGAGCAUAAAAGUAAGUUGGCUGCCUCCCCCACCGGGCACACAAAAUGGAUUUAUUACUGGCUAUAAAAUCCGACACAGAAAGACUACCCGCAGGGGCGAAAUGGAAACAUUGGAACCCAACAACCUCUGGUACUUGUUCACAGGACUUGAAAAAGGAAGUCAGUAUAGUUUCCAGGUGGCAGCCAUGACAGUCAAUGGCACAGGACCCUCAUCAGACUGGUAUACUGCUGAGACACCAGAGAAUGAUCUUGAUGAAUCUCAAGUUCCUGAUCAGCCAAGCUCUCUUCAUGUCAGGCCACUGACAACCAGCAUUGUUAUGAGCUGGACACCUCCUCUGAACCCAAACAUUGUGGUUCGAGGUUACAUCAUUGGUUACGGUGUGGGCAGUCCUUACGCUGAGACGGUGCGGGUGGACAGCAAACAACGCUAUUAUUCCAUUGAGAACUUAGAGCCAAGUUCCCAUUAUGUAAUCUCCCUAAAAGCCUUUAACAAUGCGGGAGAGGGAGUUCCUCUCUAUGAAAGUGCCACCACCAGAUCUCUAACAGAUCCCAUUGAUCCAUUAGAAGUUGAUUUUUAUCCUUUGCUUGAUGAUUUCCCUACCUCAGUCCCAGAUGUCUCCACCCCCAUGCUCCCACCAGUAGGUGUUCAAGCUGUCGCUCUAACCCAUGAUGCCGUGAGGGUCAACUGGGCAGACAACUCUGUCCCUAAGAAUCAGAAGACAACUGAGGUUCGGUUUUACACCGUCCGAUGGAGGACCAGCUACUCUGCAAAUGCUAAGUACAAGUCGGCAGAUACAACAUCUCUGAGUCACACAGCAACAGGCCUGAAACCUAACACAAUGUAUGAGUUCUCAGUCAUGGUGACCAAGGGGCGGAGGUCCAGCACAUGGAGUAUGACCGCACACGCCACCACAUAUGAAGCAGCCCCAACCUCUGCUCCCAAGGAUUUGACUGUCAUUACUCGGGAAGGGAAGCCACGAGCUGUCAUUGUGAGCUGGCAGCCUCCAUUGGAAGCCAAUGGGAAAAUUACUGCUUAUAUCUUAUUCUACACUUUGGACAAGAACACCCCAAUUGAUGACUGGAUUAUGGAAUCAAUCAGUGGUGAUAGACUAACUCAUCAAAUAAUGGAUCUCAGUCUAGACACUGUGUACUACUUCAGAAUUCAAGCACGUAAUUCCAAAGGGGUGGGGCCCCUCUCUGAUCCCAUUCUCUUCCGCACACUGAAAGUGGAGCACCCUGACAAAAUGGCUAAUGACCAAGGUCGUCAUGGAGACGGAGCCUAUUGGCCAGUUGACACGAACUUGAUUGAUAGAAGCAGUCUUAAUGAGCCACCAAUAGGCCAAAUGCACCCACCUCAUGGCAGUGUCACACCUCAGAAAAACAGCAAUCUGCUUGUGAUCAUCGUCGUCACAGUUGGGGUCAUUUCAGUGGUGGUAGUGGUGAUUGUUGCAGUGAUAUGCACCCGACGUUCAUCAGCUCAACAGAGGAAGAAACGGGCAACCCACUGUGCUGGAAAGCGGAAGGGCAGCCAAAAAGACUUGCGACCUCCAGACCUGUGGAUUCACCAUGAAGAAAUGGAGAUGAAGAAUAUGGAAAAGCCAACAGGGGCUGAUACUACAGGAAGGGACUCGCCAAUACAGAGUUGUCAAGACAUCACUCCCGUCAGCCACAGCCAAUCAGAAACCCAGAUGGGUAGCAAGACUGCGUCACAUUCUGGGCCGGAUUCGGAAGAUGUCGGAAGCAGCAUGUCCACAUUAGAAAGAUCACUGGCUGCACGCAGAGCUACCCGAACCAAGCUCAUGAUACCGAUGGACUCCCAGCCCAGCAACCCGCCUGUCGUCAGUGCCAUCCCAGUGCCAACGCUAGAGAGUGCACAGUACCCGGGAAUCCUGCCGUCCCCUACGUGUGGAUACCCACACCCACAGUUCACACUGCGCCCUGUGCCCUUCCCAACACUCUCCGUUGACCGAGGCUUUGGAGCCGGAAGAAGUCAGUCAAUGAGUGAAGGACCAGCCACUCCACAGCCGUCCAUGUUACCACAGACUCAGCCAGAACACUCCACUAGUGAGGAUGCUCCAAGUCGGACGAUCCCCACGGCCUGCGUUCGGCCCACUCAUCCUCUGCGCAGUUUUGCCAACCCCUUGCUACCUCCACCAAUGAGUGCAAUAGAACCGAAAGUCCCUUACACACCGCUAUUGUCUCAAACAGGGCCUAACCUUCCCAAGGCUCAGGUUAAAACGGCAUCCCUUGGACUGGCUGGAAAGGCGAGAUCUCCUUUGCUACCAGUGUCUGUACCAACGGCUCCAGAAGUGUCAGAAGAGGGACACAAACAGACAGAGGAUCCUGCCAGUGUGUAUGAACAGGACGAUCUGAGUGAACAAAUGGCAAGCCUGGAAGGGCUAAUGAAGCAACUCAAUGCCAUCACAGGCUCAGCUUUCUAACGGUCAUUGGCGAUAGAGCAGUUGAAUUAUCCAGGAACAUUGCAGCAUACCAGGAUUUCAUACACAGCACACUUAUGCAGACACAUGCACGCAUCCUACCAUCAAUUCAGAGCUCAGAGGGGUUCUGUAGUAAAAUGCCACAUCCUGAAAUAUCACCUUACAUUUCAAGUGAUGAGACAGAGGCCCCUCAUCAAAAUCAAAAGAACAUCACAUCUUCACCCCAAAGGUCAAAGCAGAAGCUGCUAGAGUAGUUCUGGCCACUCCUUUGAUCAGCCAGCUGUUAAAAGUACCCACAGGGCAUAACAGAGAUGCCCCUGUGGAGGCUUGUUGUCCUUUAAGUGUAGCUCUAGUCUUACAUCACACAGUUCAUUAUUUAAGCGCAUAUCAUAUCACAUCAGCUCAAGUUUAAUGUUUUUUACUCACAAAUCCCAAAUGUCCAUGGGAACGAUAGCACCAAAGGAUUGGACAUAUUGCCAACAGCACAAAAAAAAAAACCACAAAAAAAGUACACCUAUUUUUUUCAUUGCUCAGUCAUUCAUCUUGCACAAGUGGUGGGUAUUGGCAACGGCUGUAAAAUUUACCCAAUUUCAGCAAGUAUUUGUAAAUCCAUCCUUGGUUAGCAUUUGUGUAUGGAGAACAGGAUCAUAAAAAUCUGCUCAAGUGGCACUCUGCCAGCUGCAGUACACUUACAAAAAGAGGAUACAAUAUGCAAUCUUCUCAGACACAAGGUAAUUACGUGCUUAAGCUUGUAAUAGACCACUUCUAAAUAUGGGUGGCUUUUUUUGCCAUACCACACUGUGAUGACAUUUCAGCACUUCACCGAGGCCAAUCCUCCUCAGGAGCGCCCCGGGACUGACAAACCCGCCUGAUUGAUCCCUCCGACCCCUACGAGGUGGCUUGUUCACACACACCGCUCAACGCCACUUCCGUGGCUCCCGCAGCUCUCCAUGAAAACCAGACCCAACACAACUCCGAGGAAGGGACAGUGGACAAGAUGCUGCUUUCAAAAGGGCCAUUCUUUAGGUGCCAUGGUGUCCCCCUGCCCCGAAACUCCUGGCUUGGCAGCAUGACGCUAACCUGAGUCCUGAGUCAGAGUGAGGUAGAUGGGAAUACUCUAUGUUGCUUCUCAAAUUCUUCCCCAUAAAUCCAGUGGACCUUCCAUACCGUGGUGUUUCCCUUCCUUGCCUGCCUCAUCCCCUUCCCUUCUCACACCUCACCCUUCCCCACCCAGGCCAACAAGGAACCUGAACUUUAGAGCACUAUGUUUAUCCACAACACUAAUGGGUUGAAUUAAGGAAAUUUUGUGUGCAUACAUUUAGUUAAUGAAUUUUUCAGCUGCAUUCAGAGUUAAAUUCCUGUUUAUGCAGCUGAAUCACCAAAAGGGAGCUAAUUUGAAUAUUUAUCAGUUAGGAGGCUGCAAAACCCAAUAAGAGAGUUUCAGCUGAAUUAUUCCAUUCAGCUCUGCCUUUGAUUUCAAGCUUGAGUGGGCCAUAAUUUUAAAAGAGCAUGGAAGGGAUAGGAUCUUUACAACCUAAUAGCUCCUUUUAUUAGAUGGGUAAUUAUAUGUGAAUCCCUGAAUGAAAUAUUUUGAGCAAAUGGCAAUGGAACAGAAGAAAUAAUUCAGUUUUUUUUCCCUUGUGUCAGGGAGGAAAUCUAAUGUCAAAGAGAGGCUCAUUCAAAUGGCUCAUUAGAAGGUUUAGACUAUUUGUGGAAAUCUUCCUUUCACCAAAGUGAUGGUUUUAAAGAACUCCUUCCUGAGAACUCAGUGGCAUUAUUUUAAUGAGAGUGGGAGAUAUAUAUAUCUCUAUGUAUAGAGAGAGUGCUAUAUUUCCAACAGUGUAUGUGUAGGUUUGCAUUCCAAGUGCAUAUCUAACCAGACACAC